AACGUAAGUCAAAACCAACCUCUUUCGUCCAACUUGCACUCGAGAGUGGACGUGUUGUCUGCUACUGAGUGUGAUUCCAGCGUGAGUGCGCGUGAUUUUGGUGUCUACGUAACGUGUUUCUAAUUGCGAUAAGUGCUAUAAUCCUGUGAAUAGUGCAACCAUCAAAAAUACUAUUUCGCAACAUUCACGCGCGGCAACCGGCUGCGGACUUGCGGGGCGCCUUACCUCUCCCCCGCUACGAUAAGAGACAGCUGCCAUAAUUGCCGUCCCGCUCAAGCGCCGCUUGCGCCGUCCGUUGGGGUUUGGAUUGUUUACUUGCGUAAGAAGCUCCGAUUUUGAACUUAAUUACAAUGAAUCAGUGCGCUGCUUGUCGUUCUACAUUGACCGAUAGUGAUCGCAUGGAAUGCGGUGCCUGUGCGUCAUCAUAUCACAGCUUAUGCGUUGCUAUUUCCGCUGAAGACCUAGGUAAUUUAUCGGCUAAGGCUAAGAGGGACUGGUUAUGUCCCGAGUGCCGGACUAGGAGGCCGCGCAGCGAUAACUCUAACACUCCGGUUCGUCCAUCUACACCUAGCAAUAUGAAUCCCGAUGCAAAUGUUACAGUGCGCCGCAAGAAACCUCAAUCACUCAUUGAACCGGCCGGUGACACAAAUGUAUCACGUUCGGAAUUGCGUACUAUAAUUCAGGAGGAGCUGCGUGCUGUAAUGAGAGAUUUUACAUGCGAACUAAAGAGUGAUUGGAACAGACAGUUGAAGGCUAUUAGAGGCGAGAUCUCCGGACUUACGGAAUCGAUUCAAUUCAUGAAUGACUCGUUUGAAUCAUUCAAAACGGAUUUGAGCCAUUGUAUGACUAAAAUCAACUCAAUUGAGAAGGAUAGGGACAUGAUACGGAGUGAAUUAAAUUCUAUCACCAACCGCCUCAACCAGAUUGAACAAAUAUCUCGUUCUUCGAACUUGGAGAUCCAAUGUGUUCCGGAGCAUAAGUCUGAGAAUUUGCUGACAAUCGUGACACAACUAGGCAAGGCCGUGUCUUGUCCCAUAUCGGAGUCAGAUGUCCAUUAUUGCUCGCGUACCGCAAAGAAAAACCCCGAGAGUCCUCGCCCCCGUUCCAUCCUGGUUAAGUUAAGCAGCCCUCGCAACCGGGACUCCCUGUUGGCAGCCGUGAUGAAAUACAAUAAAAGUCAUCCUCAGGAUAGAUUAAACACGGGACAUGUGGGGCUUAAGUCAGACAAGAGAACACCAAUAUACGUAGUGGAAAAUCUGUCACCUGACAACAAGUUUCUUCAUGGUAUGGCUCGGAACCGGGCGAAGGAACUCCAAUACAAACAUGUAUGGGUUCGAGGCGGACGCAUAUAUAUGCGUAAAACAGAUACGUCUGAAUAUGUCCUGGUUCGUAGCGCGGCGACGCUGGAUAGUUUAGCUUAAGUUAGGUACUAAUUAUAAUUAUAUAGUUUCUUUAAAACUGGAGUACAAUAUUUCUAAUAGUUACAUUCGAUAAGUUAAAUAUAUAUUUUCAAAAUGUUAGGGGUCUUCGAACGAAGACAACUGAGUUAUAUAAAAGUGUAAUUGGCUGUGACUAUGAUAUCUUAGUUAUGUGCGAGACUUGGCUAAAUGGCACAAUAUUUGACUCAGAAAUUUUGGACGAUCGAUUCGUGGUAUACAGGCGGGAUCGCGAAACUAGCGGUUUUCAUAGGCACAAAUCGGGUGGUGGGGUACUCAUUGCUGUGACCAAGCGUCUGCAUUCCCGCCGGAUGCAUCGGUUCGAAAGCCAAUGCGAGGAUCUUUGGAUAGAAUUAACCAUUUCUAAAAAUAA